GCACCUGUCAAAGCAGCGCUCUACUGCCGGGACAAUGGAGAUGCAUGGCGGCAGGGCAAGCCGGCGCCGACAACGGAGGCAAGAAGCCGUUGCCAUGGUGCUCGCUCUAGCCACACUAACACUAGCAGCAGCUCCUGCCGCCGGAGAGCAACAGGAGGCGUCGGGCGCGAACGUCACCGCCAUCUGCUCGUCGACGCCGUACCCGGGCGCGUGCCGCACGGCGCUGUCCUCGUCGGCGUCGCGGGCUGCCAAGGACCCCUUCGCGGCAUCCGUGCAGUUCGCCAUGGCCAGGGCCGCGUCGGCCCGCGCGCUGGCGCGCAACCUCUCGGCGUCUUCCUCCGCGCGCCGGCGCGGUGGCGUGCUGCCGCCCUCCGGCAUGGACGACUGCGCCGAGCUGCUCGACGCCAGCCACGCCCAGCUCGGCGACGCGCUCGCCGCCGGCUCCGCGCACGACGCCGAGACGUGGCUCAGCGCCGCGCUCACGAACCAGGACACCUGCGGCGACAGCCUCGACGCCGUGCCGGCAUCCGCGGGGCGGGAGGGCGUGCUCAGGCGGGUCGGCGCCCUCGCGGAGUUCAUCGGCACCGCGCUGGCGCUGCACGCCAAGCUCAAGGGCGGGAGCGCGUCGCCGCCACCAUCCGCCGCGCCCGACCGUGCGUUCCCGUCCUGGGUCCCCGACCACGACAUGAAGCUGAUCCUGGAGUCCGCCGCGGGCGGCGUGACGCCGGACGCCGUGGUGGCGCUGGACGGCAGCGGGACGCACGGGACCAUCGGCGACGCGAUCGCAGCCGUGACCGCGGCGGCAGUGCCGCCGGUAGGCUCCUCCAAGGCGGGCGUCGGAGCAGGGAGGAAGGUGAUCUACGUGAAGGCCGGGCGGUACGAGGAGAGCGUGCGGAUCUCGAGCAGGCAGAGGAACGUGAUGCUGAUGGGCGACGGCAAGGGGAAGACGGUCAUCGUCGGCCACAGGAGCGCCGCCGACGGCUACACCACCUACGCCUCCGCCACCGUCGCUGCAAUGGGUUCGGGCUUCAUAGCCAAGGGCCUGACCAUCAUCAACGACGCCGGGCCGGGCAAGGGCCAGGCGGUGGCGCUGAGGGUCGGCGGCGACCUCUCCGUCGUGUACCAGUGCGACAUCGAGGCGUACCAGGACACCCUCCACACGCACUCCAACCGCCAGUUCUACACCGAGGACGGCAUCUCCGGCACGGUGGACUUCAUCUUCGGCAACUCGGCGGUGGUCAUCCAGAACUGCGACAUCCGGCCCAGGAAGCGCCGGCCGUCCGGCCAGAAGGACACGAUCACGGCCCAGGGCCGGACCGACCCGAACCAGAACACCGGCAUCUCCAUCCACAAGUGCCGGAUCGCCGCCGCGUCGGACCUAGGCGGCACCGAGGUGUAUCUUGGCCGCCCGUGGAAGGCCUACUCGCGGACCGUCGUGAUGGGGAGCUCUCUCGACCGUUGGAUCGCCCCGGCCGGGUGGCUGGAGUGGUCGGGCCAGUUCGCCCUCAGCACGCUCUACUACGGGGAGUACGGGAACACCGGGCCUGGCGCCGGGACAGGCGGGCGGGUGAAGUGGGCCACGUCAAUGUCCACCGUGGACGCCACGCGGUUCACGGUGCGGGAUUUUAUCUUGGGAGACUCAUGGUUGGGUGACACCGGAGUGAGCUACACUUCGGGGCUAUGACUGAUUAAGAUGGUGUCAUGUUGCCACUGCUCUGUUGAUUGAUUAACUUGAAAUAUGGAACCGGAUCACAUGUAAGGACUGGAUUGGUAACAAUAAGGUGGAAGCUGGUGAGCUGCUAUGCUAGCUAGGCUAGCUACCUGCUAA